GUUCCAAUUACGUAGCUUCACGUACUGACCCCAGUUCAGUCCUGACUGUCCAAACUUCGCCGAUAUAGACCUGACGUUGGACCGUUUCUAAAUAUCACCCCACAAUGGAGCGAAAAGUUGCUCGAGAAUUUAGACACAAGGUAAGAUACAAACAGUUUUCUUUCUUUUUCUGAUAUUUGAGAAACUCCCCGGCUGUUUCAUAUCUCUUCUUGACUGUUCGUGGCUCAGGUGUUCCUCAGUGGGAUGUACGCAGACGCAGGUCUGUCUAAUGUCCUCGCGGUAGAGAAAUGGAUAAAAUUUGCCAGCCUUUUUUUUGUUUUCGGAUAUUGUUUUGGAGCAAAUUAGUGACUCAGAAGUAUAUUAUUUUUAUUUUCUUCCUGACAUUUCCUUGACUAUUUUAAUUUUAAACAAAAAGUAGAAAUACCUACAUGUUUGUAUUAUGAGCAAGCAGGCUAUGUUGAUGGGCAUCCUCUGUAGGCUAUUUGUCCUUUAAUUUUAAGUUUACCUGGCUUAGGUGAACCACACACAGCUGCAACAUUUUCAUACAAUAAUUAUGGAAAGAAACCAUGCUAUAUCCCCCCUAAUUUAGGCCCAAAUUGUAUGAUAUUUCAUAGCUGGCGUUUGGACAUGACCUGAAAAGGUAACUAUGAGUGAAAGAUAACAAGGAAAGGUAACAUGAUAUGUGCAGGGCGUGUUCAGCCUCAGUGCAUGUGGGGAUCAUCACACAGCCAUCUGUGCUGCACACAGUGAGGCAGGGUCACUUCUAACAAGCUCCUCACAAAGGGCAUCUGAGCAUUAGAUAAUGUGUCAGAGAUGAGCAGCUGAGCGGAAGAGAUGGGACAAUUUACUGUUUUAACAAGAGGCUGAGGGGCCAGCAUGGCACAAUCGAGCUUUGUUCCUUUACAGGACAUCAGUCACUGCAUUUAGUUUUGCAUUUUACUCAAGUUACUGUUUUCACACACACAACUACUUGAUUUUUCCCUUGGGUGUUUGCUUUAUGCACCACAAUCUGUGUGUAUUAAAAUAUUAAAUGUUUAAGUUAAACAUCCUCGAACGAAUUUAAACUCUAAAAAUGGGUGUCUUCUUGACCAGUGAUCCCUGACGUUAUUGGUUUAUGGUGCCAAAGUCUGCACAUCGUUCAGGAUGCGGGAGUGGCUGACUGUGGGUCACUUCCCUAAGGCACAUUUAUGACGGUCAUAAACACACCCUAAUUGCCACUUCACUGCAGUUUCAACGUGAUGCAGUUCUGCAUUUAUGAUAACUAGAUUUGAGUCUUCCACCUGCUGAAACAUAUGUUAUGCAAGUAUUUGAGUUGGUGUAUGGCCAAUAUCUUUGCUUCCUAGAGACAACAACAAAAGUAACAACAGAUUAUAUUGGGUAUAGCAGGGCACAGCAUAGUAUCAUUGCAGAAAAAUACCUCAUAUGGCAAUGACAACCAUAAUAAUGAAACAGUAUGGGACCAAAACUCUUCAAAAGAUAUAAAGUUGGCAACAUAGAUCAGUGGGACCUGAGAGCAUAUAGAUAUACAGAAGAGAAGAGAAUGGGGAUUGAAUCGUGGUGUUUCAAGACCCCCAUCAGUUCAAAACUAUAAUUUGUCCAAAGAUGAACAAUAAUUUUAAAGUAAAAAAGCCAGCAUAAGUGGCUUUUCCAAAGGUUGGGGCAGCUCUGAAUACAAGGUUUUUUAAAAGUCAAACUAAAGCCACUCUCAAAACUAGAGAGAAUCUCUGCCUCAAGACCUGAGCUGUAAGAUUAUUCCUAAAUCGAGAAAUCUGAUAACUGGAAGGUCUACCUCCCUUGAGGCAUUAGUCAGGAGGCUUAUUUUGAUGGUAGGCAAUGAUAACCUUAAGUGAAAAUACUGCAGCUUCAGGGUACUGUAAUAUGAUAAUAGCUCUAAAAUGUAUUAUUUUAAAAUGUCUGGUGCUCUGGGUGAAAAACAACUUAUUUUCCCCAUCACAUACAAUCUAUUUCACUUCCAAACAUUAAGAAUAUUUAGAACAUUAGUUACCAAAUUUAUAAUGUAAAAAAUAAAUAAGUGAUGUAUAGGUUUUCUCUUAAAACAAACACAUACUUUACUACUGCAACUAAUGCCAAGAAUAAUCUCAAUUAUUGUUACUGUAUAUUAAUUCAGUCAUUCAAAUGUUGAUCCACAGGGGACUCACCUAAAAUUUGCUCCUCUGUCUCUGUGGUCAUCUGAUAAAUAAUCCUUUUUUAAUGAUUAAUUAGGUGAGAGUUUAUGAUUGGUUGGCUUGACCAGUAUCUUGUUGAACAGUACAAGCAAGGUAGCAACCAGAGCAGUGAAUAAUGAUACAGUAGCUUUUUAGUGUUGGAUGAAGCUGUUAAUCUCUGUAUAACAUACACAUUCACCUGCUUUCUCUGCUUCUUGUGCACACACCAACCUGAAUCAAAUACCUAAUAAGGCUAAUAUGGUGGUUUACCAUUAUUAACAUCCUUUUUCUUUUACCUUGAAUUUUACCUUGGGGAUGGAGGACAGCUUAAGAUGGAAAACAUUCUUAGAUCUUGAAACACAGACAUUUCCAAACCAUGGUAUAUUUUGAAAUCUGGUAACUGACCCAUGCUGUCCUCCCAUUCUACUUUUAAGUACAGCUGCACUCAGUGAGUGGUAAUGGGGUACCAUGAGCUCUUUUAGAUUUCAUGGUCCCUAACCACAAAUUGUUAAAUUGUUUUUGAUUUUUCAGAAACUAUUGCAGAAAAACUAAUUUGGGUAAAGAAUGAUAUAAAUUCUUAUUUCUUUGGUGCACAUGCAGCUGCAAUUUAGCCAAAGAGUCUCUGGAGAUUAAAUAGAGCUGCCAGGAGAAGUAAUAAUUGCAAGGAGAUUUCUGUCAUAAUUUUUAAAACUGCUUCUUCCUUUUUUAUUUCUAAUUUUAACAAAGUAAAAAAGUCACGAGGACUGCAGCACUUAUCCUGAUCAAACAUGAUUUCCAUAAGAAAAUUAAGUCUUUGUGUGCGAUGGGUGUGUGUGUGUGGAAAUGUUUGGUGUGAACAUUCACCUCUGUUUGCGUCUGGGAUGUAAGAUGACACGACUAACCUUCCUCCUGCAGCCUCUCCUCAGCUGUGCUGCCAUUCUUCCCUCCCAGUGGUUUGAUGCUUAGGGAGGAAAAACACUCCACUACACCUGCUUUAGUCUCAGGAGGAUCAUCAUCCUGACAGCCUAGUUUCAGGCAUCACUUGGAUAAUAAUAAUAAAAAAAAGAAGGUGUGGUUGCAUUUGAAGCCUGCAGAUCAGUUCAGGAAAAUGUGUUAUAUCAGUGAUUGGCCGAAGCGUUUUCUCAAAACGAUUUUGCUGCAUCUGAGCCGCCAUCAGGUUUGUAUGGAUCCAGGGCGCACACAGAUACAGACACACACACAGGUUGCUUACCCCGGGGUGCUGACAGGACAUAAGGAGUGAGGUGAAGUGUGUAUCUGUGAAUUGAGAACAAGGAUGGUUACAGAUGUUUAUGUUUUUUGCAGGUGGAGUUGCUGAUUGAGAAUGAAGCAGAGAAGGAUUACCUGUAUGAUGUUCUCCGGAUGUAUCACCAGUGAGUACAGUCUGUAACUGCUUGGUGUGAUUUCUGUGUGUGUGUGUUUGUGAAUCUUGGGAUGUGUUACUGGACAGAGAGGGAAUGAGGAAGAAAAAGGGAAUAACAGACUUCUGAAGUUUUCUUUUUCUACUCCAUUUCCCCUCUGUCUUAAUAUCAAAUAGGGUCUCUUGUUCUGUUGUAAUGUUCUUAAGUGUAAACAGUGAUGGCUUUGAGUUUUAGGAUGUGGUCCUCUUGCUCCAACUUGAAGGAGUCUAAAAAGAUGUGCAUUUAUUUCUUUGUAUCAUCUCUGAAACUGGCCCUUUUAACAUAAACUGUUUGGUGACAGAAGCUCUCAAUCUUCUGAAAUGUAUUUCCAAUGCACACAGACAUCCACUCAGGACUUGUGUUCUCCAUCAGGGUCUCUGAUAACAGCUCAGUGUCAGAACUUAAGGGAGGAGGUGGUCGAGGAAAAGCUGAAGGUCUAGGUUUCAAGUAAUCUUUGUGCAGAGGCAGAGCUCUGCGGCCCCGCUGGUUAAGCCUCUGAUCAGUUUCCACUGUGCUCCGACAAGCCUGGCCAGGUCCUCACAAAAGCUCUUUUUAUGUUCAUCCUCCAAACAGGCUGAAAUGGCGCUUAUUAAUAAUUCAAGGAGGAGGCCAGGUGGACAGAUUUUAUACAACAGCUCUUACUUUGUUCCUUUAAUUGCUGUUCUAGUUGCCUUUUGUUUUCCUGUGAAUUGUGUGAGAAAGAUGAUCAACUUGUUUUUUUUCCAUCAGAUGGCAAUAGAAUUGUUAUUUGAGGCAAUUGUCGCCCAAAACAGAAAUUGAUGCAGAGCUGGAUGUGAUUUUAGACAUCAGGUGUGUUUAAGGUGUUACGGAUAUGUAGACAAACAGCAUAAAAAGCCAAGACUUGUGGCCAGAUAACAGAAAACUUUUCAAACUCCUUGUAUCUAAUUCAAGUUAGAAGCCAAACCAUAGACUGUAUAUAGAAUGGAUGUUGUCUGCCUCCUUGCUGGGUGAAGAUACCCCGAGAACAGCACCUUCUGGUGACGGGCUGCAGAAUAGGUCAUUAAUCCCGCCUCCUCCAAUAAUCCCUAUGGAGCUGUGGACAAAUUCAGGAAAUUUAUAAGAGAGAAUAUAUUUUUUUCUACACCCUGCUUGUGAUGUUGACAUGUAGUUACUGUAAGACUGGUUUGUGCUCAAGUCCUCUUUUUUCUGUGCAGCUCCAUUUUUAAAAGUUAUUAGGGGGUUCAUGUUUUCUAUGAUUGACACUUGAUACAGCCUAUGGGUGUACAAAGAUUGCGAAGCUCACCGGCGGAAUACGCUGUUUGAGCUGAGCGUCAUCAUAGAGACUCUCUGUGACUCUCCUACCAUAUGUGUACAAUGCUACUGUGUGAGUGGUGGUGCGUACAACACUACUGCACAAUGUUGGUUUUAGGAAGUGAAGAAAAAACACAGAAAUACCAAGCUUUUUUUUUUUUUUUUCCUUCGAAGUAUCAUCAAAAUACAAACAUUAAAGGCACAUUUGCUAUACAUAGAAUAUAAAGUGUUGAACCAGCUAUCUUGAUUAACAAAAGAACAACAAAAAAAAGAAAAGAGAAUAUGAGAGUCUUAUUCUAAGAUAGAAAAUAAGUCUAGUAAAGAAAACAGUUUUAGGGCAUUUUUUAUUUUAUACUGAGAGCUUUUCUGCUUCAAAUCCGUAUACUAGCGAAAGGCGGAACCAAGUUGUCCAUAGUAUAUACAAUCUAUGAGCCAAACUAGUGGCUUUAAGCAAACCACAUCACCAUAAAACUAUGUCCAAAAUGCUUUGUUGGAAAUGUAUGCACUGGGUUUUGACAUAGAAGAACUGUGUGUGCAAUUAAAUAGACAAUAGCUUUUGUUGAGCUGCAUUUUGGCCUGUUUUGAAAACCUCAGUAUAGACUUCAAAAUGGAUGUGCAAGAGUUGUGACUGUAUUCUAAAAGAACUUGAACAAUCGUGUGAUUGCUAAAAACCCUCCAAGAGUCAUUACUGCAAUUGCCCUCCAGAAUGAAGUGGAUAUAACAUUUUGAGUUUGUAAUAAGCUGUUCAGUUAGCAAAACUUGACUUUGCUUAAGCCUAAAAAAUGGUAGUCUCAAAUGUGUCCACCAGAUUUUUAUUCACUAAACUGAACUUCCCCUCAGCCUUUAGAAAUUAUUCAAAAUGACCAAACUCAUACUUAACACCUUCCCUGUCUUCCUCUAGGUCGAUGGAUUUGCAGGUGCUGGUUGGAGACCUGAAGCUGGUCAUCAAUGAACCAAAGCGUCUGCCACUGUUUGACGCCAUUCGACCUCUCAUCCCUCUCAAGCACCAGGUGGAGUAUGAUCUGCUCACCCCCAAGAGAUCACGGUGAGUGGUCAUCAGACAGCACAGACUUUUCCUUCUGCAUUUCACACUCCAUGCUGAAAACGUCUUUGUUUUCCUAAAUUCAGGCUCAUACAGCUGGCUCUUGUCUUGUUUUCAAUCUGUUUCUCUUCCCUCUGUUCAUACAGGAAGCUGAAGGAGGUGCGUUUAGAUCGGACACAUCGUGAUGGCCUGGGUUUGAGUGUCCGAGGGGGGCUGGAGUUUGGCUGUGGUCUCUACAUCUCACAGAUUGUCAAAGAUGGUCAGGCCGGGAAUGUUGGCCUCCAGGUUGUAAAUUGUGCCAGUUUCUACUUUCUGAUAGUUUUUCAUUCCAGUUAUUCUACUCAACUCCUUUGUACAAAACUCUCACAAAAAGAGUAUCACAGACAUUUUUGUACCUAUUUCAAAACCUUCCUGUUAUGUUUACACAAUCGUUCUUUAAACAAGUAUCCUCUCUUUUGUUUUGGGCAAAUAUGCCCCCCAUAUUGGCCUCCCAAUGUGUAAACAUUAUUAUUGGGCUGCAAAUGCAAGGGCUGAUCAUGACUGGCCAGCUAGCUCCCCACUCUGGUUAAAAAUUGAAGCCAGACUGCCUCUUAGCAAUAUUUGGUUUCUCUGAUGGGACAAAAUCUCCUCCAUCUCAUCAAAAACAAGCCUUAAGCACCGACAUAGUGGUUGAAAAAAAUGAUAAUACUGUUGAAUUGGUAGUCCCCAACACCUCUAUUUUUCAAAAGGUGGCUCAAUGAAAUGCUUUCUCCUGCUAAGAUGGAACAGAUCUGUGCCAGCAGAUCAAACUCGCACAGGUAUUUCCUUCAUGUGUGGAAACCUUUUUUUGACAUUGCUAGACAAAAACUAACUGUAAAAAUCCUGACGUUUGCAGCUACCCUGUAUCCCCACUCAGUACAUGCUUCUCUUUGACUGAUUUCUAUCUUAUGUAUAUGGCACGAUCCCACCCAUUUAUUUCUCUCUAUGUUUGUGGCUUUCAGUUUACUAAUUUACAGCUUAUUAUUGCAUCACUGUACGCUCGGUAAGUUCAAAAGGACUACUGUGCAUUUUUAAAUCACUCAUUCACUCAUGUGAAUCAUUUCCAGUGUUGUAGAAGUGAUAAUACCAGUAUCCACUAGGUGGAGUAAAGCAUCACAUUGAUAAAUUUAGAGUCACAGAUUUUAGUUUCUCCCAUUUGGACAAUAAGUCAAAGCUAUAUCCUCUUGUGACCAGUUAAUUGGUUGCCUUAAUAGAUUAGACUCUGACAGACCUGCAAGAAGAGGGGUCGAAAUGUCUCUCUGAUUUGCUCCCAACCCUCCAAAAUAUAUGUAAAUACAUAACAAGGCAAUAGAGAAAGUUAAUUUCAAAUGUAUUUCAAAGUUUAACAUGAUAUUGUCAAAACCUACACUGAUAUAAAGAAAAAUGAGGAAAUGCUGCGGAGCAUCCACAGAUGUCUGUGUGGUGCUUCUUGCCUGUAUUUGAUACAAAUGGCAUCGUGUGCUCACAAUGAAAAAGGCAACAAUAAUCCUAUUUAACAAAAAGUCUUAAUAAAAACAUAUGUCAUAUCAAAUGAAAUAAUACAGUUUUUUAAAAAUUAAUAUUAAGUCCAAAAAUAAUGAUAUAUCGCGAAAAAAAAUUAAAGGAAUUGACAAUUUUCUUGCUUAGCUAGCCAGAGUUAAACAGCAUAAUAAACAAUUUGAUGACUUAUUCAGCAGAAAAACAAAGCGCAUGUGUUCUUAUGUGUACAUGUAAAAUGUUACUGCAUGAACAUGUUAUUGUGGAGGUUUGCAGGCUUAAAAAAUUAAAAAAUCUAUAAUCCAGUAAAAAAUCCGUCAGUUUUUCCAUCUUUGUUGUUCAGCCUCUCUCACUGUUUGAUCUCCUCAGCUCAAAACAUCGGCUGCAUAAAUAACAAAUCAUCCAAAUGUGACUAGACCAAACAAAUCGAUAGAUCAUAUCAGUUGAAAUAUUUUUCAUUGUUGGGCUGCGAUCUGAUAGGAGACACUGAAGAAGAAAGUGUCAUCAUCACUAAUGUCUUAUUCUGCGCUGAUUUAUAGGUUGGUGACGAGAUUGUGCGAAUCAACGGAUACUCCAUUUCCUCCUGUAUCCAUGAGGAAGUCAUCAGUCUCAUCAAAACCAAGAAGAUUGUGUCACUCAAAGUCAGACGUACGUCAAACUCAGAUGCAUUUGUUAUCAGGAGUUAGAUAAGUUAAUGUGACUGUAUCUCUGACAGCCUAGUUGAUUUUGUUUUGUUUUUUCUGUCUGUACAGAUGUGGGGAUGAUCCCAGUGAAAAGGUGAGAUAAUUAAUUCACUGAGACAGCUACACUUGCAUAUUUAGUAUAAAUUUGUAAUAUAGAGGUCACUUUGCACUCAUAAGUCUUUUUUCUACUCUCCAGCUCAUCAGACGAACCCCUUAAGUGGCAGUUUGUGGACCAGUUUGUGUCUGAGUCAGGGGUAAAAGACAGAUUAUUAUUUUUUCUUUGUGACGUUUACUACAUUUCAGAAUUUGUACCAUAUCAACUUUUGUUUUUCAUUGCUGUCUCUUUCUAGGAGAAGAAAAGCAGUGUUGCAGGCUUGGCAUCCAUUGGAGGCAAAGAAAUCAAGGAGAAGAAGGUGUUCCUCAGUCUGGUGGGUACGAAGGGAAUGGGUAUCAGCAUCUCCAGCGGUCCAACAAAGAAACCUGGUAUCUAUAUCAGCAACGUCAAGCCAGGCUCCCUCUCUGCAGAAGUCGGACUAGAGGUUAUUUAUCAAAGUUAUCAGAACAUACAUAUAUACUGAUCAAAUACUUGUAUAACGGCCUUCUUUUAAUGACACGUUUUGAUCCUAAAAUGCAGGUGGGAGACCAGAUUGUGGAGGUGAAUGGGGUGGAUUUCACCAACGCAGACCACAAAGAGGUGAUUUAUGCAGAAUUUUAUUAUGUAUCAUAAAUGGCAACUUUAGACCAAAAUUGUAUUAUUUUCCUCCAAGAUACUAUCUUUUUCAGCUAUGGUACCAGCAAUAAUUUACCCUUUUAUCACUGGUAGCUUUCUUUCUUCAAAUGACUCUAACUGAGCUGCAGAACUAUAGCUUUCAAUAUGAAAUAAAAAGCCCUCCAACCAAAGUGGCUAAUGGAGAAAACAAAGUUAGGAGUUAAUCAUAACUUUAGCCUUUAUAAAUAUGCUUACUAAAUUCUGUGUCCAUUUUUAUACCCUUCAGUUGCAGACAUCUUAAAACCCUGAGGCAUUAAUAGAUUUUUUUGUUGUUGUAUUUACAGGCUGUAAGAGUCUUGAAGAGCAGCAGGAGUCUGACUAUCACUGUCCUAACAGGAGCUGUAAGUACAAAUUUGAACUAUGUUUUUCUGCAUUUAAACGUCAAACCCCAAUUCCAACAGUUAGUACUCAAAAUAUUAAUAAAAGCAGAAAUUGGUGGUUAGCAAAUCUUAAAAACCCAUUAUUUCAUUCAAAAUAACUGUUUAACUGUUUGUGAUUAACUGAACUGUAAGUUCAUUUUUAGUUGGAUGUCAGAAACCCCUUUCAAAAAGUUGGGACUUGGGCAUGUUUAACAUUGUGUUGCAACACCUUUUCCUGAGACAGUUCAUGAAACACAAGUAACAAGGAGGAGUUUUAUACUGGAGUUUUGAAAUUGAACCUCUUUUUCUUGACUAUUUCUGGAUGUCAGCUGCUUGACAGUUUGAGGUUUUGUAUUUUUUUCAAAAUAUCAUGAUGUUCCAAAUGUCAGUGGGUGACAAGCCAAGACCACAGGCAGGCCAGUUGAGCACCAGGCUCUUAUACAACAUAGCAAUGCUGUCGUCAUGCAUGCAUAAUGUGGUUUGACGUUUUCUAGUUCAAAUAUGGAAAAACUUUCCUGAAAAAGUUAAUGUCUCUAAGACUGCAUAUGUUCCUCCAAAAUUGUUCAGGAUUAAUAGUUCCUUCCAAGCAUCCGUCCCACAUCACACGCCAGGAGUGCUUACACAUCCCCGAACCACUGAAAGCAACCAUUUCUUCUUAAGAGCAAAGGAUACGGCACCUAUAAUUUUCAAAAGGACUGUCAAAUUUUCAGAAUCAGAUUUAAAAGUUUUUGCCUGCCAUGAUAAAAAAUUGUCAGACCACUGGAUGGUUUUCCACUUCCCCUUAAUCAAUCUUAAAUGGGCUUGAGCUCUGGAUCAUGUUUCUCCUAUGAAUAGUACCGUUUGAGCCUGCAUCUGUGGAUGCAGCAACAAACUGUGUUCAUAGUUAAUAGACUUAUGGCUGUGAUUUUAAGCAUAUCUAGCGAAUUCUACUGCUGAGACUUGGCAGUACAAUGUUUUUUAUUACUGUGCCGAAAGAGACUAUAGCUGACUUCUAUUGGAUUUUCGCUCAGUCACUUAAUAAGAUUUCAGAUCAGAGAUUUCCCCAGAUUCCCUGAAUUUCUUUUUUAUGGUAUUACGAACUGUAGUUGUUCUUACAGUUCUUACAGAAUGUUGAAUCUUUUCUCAUCUUUACUUAAGAGAGGCUCAACCUCUCUGAAAGGCUUUUUUUCAUACCCAGUCAUGUUAUUAGCCUGGUGCAAAUGAAACUCAUUAGUUCUGAGAUAUUACCCCAUCCUUUUAUUUCAAGCAAUAAGAACUUUCAGUUUCAUCAUUUGACUGGUUGUCUUUGCUCUAUUCCCAUUAAAUAUGGGACUUGAAAACCAUCAACAUCUGUUUUGAUCAACAUUUUACAGACUAUCUCAACUUUUUUUACACUUUUUUGUCAUAAGCAUUUUAUUAAACUCUUAAAUUUUUGCACUUGCAUAAUAGACACAUCCCACUGAGAUGUGUGAAGUUAUCCCAGACUUACUUUGUAUUUUGUCAUUCAAACAUGAUAAACCAUCAUUAAACCCAUCUGAAGUCAAUUUAAAACCUAUAAAUAUGAAAGAGUUCUAAUUGCUGUGUGUGUGAAUUGGUUAUUGGCAUCAUAUAUGAUGUGCCGACAAGUGAAAAUUUAACGUACUGGUCAGUCUCAUCACUUCAAAAGUUCUUUAAAGGAAAUGUGUUUAUCUCAGAAAGUGAAGCAGUUCAGGUAUCAUCAACUGUAAAUGCAAAAAACUAACUCCUACCAUCGCUCCUUUUUUAUUCAUGACCUGCUAAGAUUUAUGCACCAUAUGGUCUUUGAGACAUCACAGGACCCAGCCUAUUUCUCAGUCAGGCUGUUUGGAGAAACUACAAUCAUCAUCAGUCAAGUCACUGGACAGGUUGUUUGCCUCUGUGCUGUUCAGCUGAAGGUGUAGCUGAGAGGAGCAGUCACGUCUCAUUUACAGUUUCCCUUGGUGCCCUUAUAAAGCAUUAGUGUGUAUAUGUGUGUUUGUGUCAGUGUUUAUUUAGCAGCAUAUCCACCAGCAGAGGUUAUUGAAAUACAAGGCUGCUGUGCUGAAUUGAAGCAACUGUGGUUUUCAUGGGGCCAAUAAAUCACAGAAAUUGAAACUAAACUCGUGAACUGUUAUAAAAAUUAAAUCAUGUCUCUUUCCUCCGACACAGACAGAGAGUUAUCUAACAGACACACUACUCCUUAUUCACUUGGAAGCUGGUACAGGCUUGCUGGUAUCCAAAGCCAGAAAGUUUGAGGACCCCUGUUGGACACAAUAUGUCUAAUUAUCUUCUCUGCAUUUUGUUGCCCCCUCAGGGCAGUGAGCUGUUUAUGACUGAUGAAGAGCGUUUGGCAGUGGAGGCUCGCAGGGAGCUGGACCGACAGGAGCUGAUGCAUCAGAAGAGGGUCGCUCUGGAGACGAACAAAAUCCUGAAGGAGCAGCAGGAGAAGGAGCGCCAGUGAGUGUCAAACUGUGUAGUUUGGCAGAAGCACAAAAGACAGAUAUUUGAGGAGCUGAAUGAUGGAGUCAUUGACACUUUUUAGUUUGCGAGCUGGAAAUGGAAGAAAUUGGGUCCUUGGUAGGACAUGUUCAUGAUUCAAAAUAAAAUCAAAACAAAUCACAGCUUAUUAUUCUUACAAGAAACCCAAUAUAUCUGGAAUAACAAGCAUCUGUCAUCUUUGGCUCAUCUUAAAGUCGCUUGAUGCACUCAGUGUUUUGACCUGGUUUGAAAUUAGGUUGAUUUUAUGACAUAGAUGUAAUUUUUAUCUGAAACUCCAGAGAAAAGCACUUUGGCAACAGCAUAUAUACAUUGGCAAACACACACACAAACACAUACAUGAGGGUACAUAUAUAGACAGCAAAGCCAGUUAUACAUGUGAGUCUAGAUGUAUGAUUUCAGUGUCUUAUGGUUUUAUUUUGUUCAUCCUCAAAAUUGAGAUCACUUAGUUUAAAAAACUACAUGAAGCAAGUAAUUGCCCUUCGUUUAUGGGUUAACUGAGCGCAACAGGAACAGUGCCCUUUGGGUUUUUUUGUCCACUUUCAGUAAGAAGACACAUUUUUUUCCUCAUUAUCCAGAGUGCACUGGUUCAUUUGCAGAUAUGUCAGAAACAGUUGAAAACGAGCACAAUCAAGCUAACAACAUGGUCCAAUUAUUAGCUCUGGAGCAUGAAGUCAGUCUGAAGUUGACUCUAAAUACUUCAUUUGCAUCCAGGGUAUUGCAUGGUCGGCUUACAACACACACCAUGACAGGGAAAGGAUUAUAUACAGGUCUUAAGGACGGACAAACAUUUCCUACAUAUGCUGGUACAUAAAUUACAUGAAGGACUUUCCUUUGAACUGCUAUAUGGUACAUCACUGUAUAGAUGUAUUUUUCCCAUACUUAAUCAUCUCCUCACAGUCAUUUGAAAUUCAUACACUGCACUCAAUUUCCUCUGUGCUUUGAUGCCAGCAAUAUCUGCUGAUGAAAUAUGGGGCUGCAUUUCAUUUGUUGCAGGAUGGACGCUCUCAUAGCAGCUAUAAACUGUCCUUGUAUUGAUAGAUUUGUUCUGUAAUAUAUGGUGAUUUAACUGGUAUAUUUUUCAUGUGUUUAACAGGAGACAAAUGGAGAUCUCUCAGAAAACUGCAGAAGAAGAGGAGCGGUACAAGAAGGAGAUGGAGAAGUAAAUCACUAUUUUUUAUUAUCAUUUUUUUUUAAGUCCAUAAAAAGCCAGCUUGUUGGCAUUCUGGGCAUGUGUUAGAGGUCAAUCUCCUGUUUUGUUGGCCCCUGCAGGAUUGAGGCUGUGGAGAGGAAGCAGAACAGAGAGUGGGAGGAGGACUGGGGAGCCAAAGGCAGGCCCAAGAGUCCUAAGAGCCCCCGCACCCCAAAGAGUCCAUCACCUGCCCCUCAGGACAAGAAAACAAGUGCAAAAGCAAAGAGUUCACGUAAGAACACCUGAAUCAAUCCCUUCCUUAAGUGUGUGAAGAGAGCCUCUGUUUGAUUCAGUGCAGACAUUUCCGUUUUCCUCUAAAGUUUUUUAGAAGAAACUCGUGUGUUUUCACUUUCCCUUUCCUCUCUGCAUGUUCUCUUUCUGUCACCUCCCUGUGUGUGCUGUGUCGCUGUUUGUCUCCUCCCCUCUGAAGCUGAUGAAGCCGGUUCCUUCACAGAAGGAGACAAGGAGGAAGAGCAGGACAGACAAGUGAGUCUGGAGCCUCAGCUCUCACAGCUGUCGUAGGAGGAUGUUUGUACACAAAUUCAAGUGCCGGAUUUCCUUUGACAACCAAAAUGAAAAACCGUUGGAGACGACCUUUUCAGAGUCAUUGCAAUUGCUUACAUUAUUUUCUAAAAGCUGCUGGAAAUUACAUACACACAGCUUAAUUCAUCUAAUUUGCAUCAGGAAAACACAGUGUGCAGUUUGAUUUUAAAAGAAGUGAAGGUGUGAAUCUGUUACUCUCAUUUAUCCCUAUGCAUCCUGUGUUGUGGUUCUUUUUUCAGUGUUUGGCGUUUCUUUAAGGUUGUUGUAAAGACCUUUUCAAGGUGACCUGUGUUUAUCUCCAUCUAUAGCUUUUGGCUGGUUUUAUCGAUAUGAGGGGAAACUUCCAUCAUUUCACAAGGUACCGUCAGCUUUCUGAGUUCUUUGUGGUGUUUGGAGUGGCUACAGAUCAGAGAGUGGAAUAGAUCCAUUCUAGCUUUUCACUGGUUUAAGAUCAGACCUUUGUCUUUGUUUUUUUCUGUGGGUUUCACCGUCACACACUGGCUGUUACUCGUGCAUGUCGUGCUGUGGGGUUUUGAAGUGGCAGAUUUGUCUGUCAACUGUUCUUUGUUUUGACUAACUGAUGGCACUUCAGAAAGGAGAGAAAAAGAAGAAGAAGAAGAAAGUGUCCAACACAGACACACUGCAGGAGCUGAGGAAAAACAAGAAGGAGAUGGAGUUUGAGCUGAAACUCGCCAAGGAGAAGGAGGAGAUGUAUGAACGGGAGAAGCAGCUGAAGAUAAAUCGACUGGUCCAGGAGGUAUGGAGAGGAGAGAUUUCAUAAAGUGAACUGUAAGGUAUAUUUGAGUAGAGUUUAUUUUUCUAUCCUGCAUGGCCUCUGUCUUUUAUUAGGUGUCAGAGACGGAGAGAGAGGACCUAGAGGAGUCAGAGAAGGUGCAACACUGGGUAGAGCGUCUUUGUCAGACUCGGCUGGAGCAGAUCUCCUGUGUGGAGAACGAGUCUCCAGAGGUACAAAGUGAAACUGCCUUUGCUAAAACCCCCCUGUAUUCAGAGCUCUUCAGCAGCAUCUUAAAGAGAGCACCUGGCACCUCUGCCUUGUUAAGUCAAAAACCUCAGUUUUCAAACAUGUUUACAAAGACAUCAGCGGUGAGUAGGUGAGUAAGAUAAUGCAGGGCAAUAGAGUUAAGUGCUACUCAGUAGUUUAGAGAGAUUUUCCCCAGCCUCCAGAGCUCAGUGAAAGAGGGAUGUUAAGGUUUAAAUUACUUAUUAGUGGAGAGAGUGUUCCAGUUUUACUAAUGACCAAGUCCUCCUCCAAAAAAUGCACUCAUAAUUGACUCGUUAUUUGCAAGUUAGUAACAUUUAGGGAUUAUAUGAAUGGACAACUCUAUAAAUGCUGUCUGAGGGAGGCUGGAGUUCAGGCUUUUCCUCCUUUAUUCUUCUUACAUAAGAUAAUAAGAAUUACCAAAGAAGAUAAAAGACUCAAGAACCUUUUUUUCUUAAUGUGCAUCAAGUCACACAGCAGCACCUGUAGACCGUGUGUCUGAAUGUGUUUGUGUCACCUGAUGAGUGCUGAAUGUUAAAUUACUCAAUAGGAGUGACACACGAGUCAUUUUUGUUAUUGUUGUUGUUGUGACUUGAAGCUCUCCCCGCCACUCUCACCCGCCUCUGAGCCUAAGGUGAAGCGCUUCCCUGGAGGCUUCCACUUGGCCACCACUGAUCUGGACGACAUAAACCUGGAUGAAGUGGAUCAGAGCCUGAGGGGUCCUCUGAAGAGACUGGCCCCCACUCAGCCCAGCACCAGCCAGCCUCCCCCUCCCUUACCCCUCCCUCCACCCUCACCUAAACUGAACCCCACCAUACCCAACUACUCCCCGCCUUCCUCUCGGGCAGCAGCGCAGCGGCGCCCUCCUUCUCAGCCUGCCGCUGGUAAACCUCCUUCAGCCCCCUCCACCUUGAAAAAUAAAGGGCGUAGGCCCCACCCUCAGCACCACGCUCCCCAACAACCUCGCUUACCUCCCUCGCAUCUCCCUCCUCCCUCUCAGUCCUCUUGGCCUCCCUCCUCCCCUCAGCCUGCUCCUCGGCCACCUCCCCCGCCGCCCCCUCCACCUCCACCUCCUCCGCCUCCUCCUCCACCACCACCCCCACAACACUCAGAGGAUCGAGUAGGAACCUUGAGUGGAUACCGCCAGCAUCACCAGCAUCACCACCAUCAUCUCCAACACCCACCAAGUCCUCCAGAGCGCAGGAGCGAGUGGGAGGCAGGUGGCUAUCUCCCAAGAGGAGGGAUUUACUCAUCAAACACGAGUGAAAUGUCAUACCCAUCAAGCCCAAAGGUCAGACAUGCUCGUGUGAGGGAUGAUUGGGUGGAUUAGUUGAUUUGCUUUUCUUUGCCUUGUGCAGAGAUUUUUUUUCCAUCUAUGGGAAAAAGUUGCAUCAGCACUUAGAAGAAAAAUGUUGGCAGGUGACAAGACUUCAUGCAUUUUCAAGGUUGCAUGACCCCAUUUCUCUUUGAUGCAUAUGUUUUGAGCAUGUUCUGUUUUAUUUAUAGUAAUGUUUUAUGCAUGAGAAUAAAGCAAUUCACAGCAUUAGCAUGACGACAUCAGGCGGCCAUUGAUUUACAAUUUUUUGGUCUAGCUGAGGGAAAUGCAUUCAGAGACACAGUUAAUGUUAUUGAUGUUCGCUUGCAGCUGUGAGGAUUGUUUAAUUGAGUGAACUCUGGCAUGGUGGGUUUUGUUUGCGGUUGGGAUAAAAAAUUGUGUGUGCUGGAAUCUGAGUUAAUCCUAGAGUGUGGUAUUCCUGCAGCGCUCUGUGCAUGCCGGAGGGCAGAAAGAUUUAUUUUAUUUCAAUUUGGCUCAGGUAAUGAGAAAUACCUCCCAUGCCAGCCGAAUUUCCAAUUCAAGUAUGCCCUUGGUGAGUUUUUUUUUUCUGUCUUUUUCAAAUUUGGUAUUAAGUUUUUUAAACUAAACUUUCUCAUUUUAUUAUUUAUACAGUAUUUAUAUAAAUCAAUGCUAGCCAGGACACCAGUUCGCCCACCAAUCAAAUGCUUCAAUUUGUAUCAGCCCCUAAAUAUCAACUGGUUUCAGCUGAUUAACAUGUGAUCACUGUAAACAACAACAACAUUUGGUGCUAGCAAAAAGUGUAAAGCUAUCCCAGGGUUAUGAAAACACUUAAUUUAUCACCAUAAAAGAGUGUUUUUCAAUCCUGCAGAAAAAAAUGAAGCACUGGAAAAUAUUUUGCACUGGUGGUAUUGGAAGUGGUAUCUGGAUCUGAAAAUGGUUUUAAGCGCCACUUUGAGUUCACACAAACCAGAUGCUUUAAUUGAUGGAUUUAUCUGAUGUGAAACAUUUCAAUGCAAACCUUUACUUACCUCUUUCAUGGCUUCUUGGUCUUUCCCAUUAAGCAACUCGCUCCUAGUCCCCCCAACCAGAGGCGUCAAACAGCUCCUGUCAUGUCCAAACCCGUCAUGCUGCCCCAGUCCCAGACCCAUCGCCCAGAUCCACACAGACCUGCAGUCCGCUCUGACGGCCUGGUAUGAACCCCACACACUCCGGUCUCCUCCUUCUGGCACAAAACCUUGAUUUUACUUAAUAAGGUUAUAAAACAUUCAGACAUCUGACACAGCAUGCCAUUAUCAGGGUGGUGGGCUAAUCUCUGCCUCUCUGUCCCAGAGCUGUUACGUUGUCCAGACUCUCCAGCUGUUUCAUAAAAAGAGAUCUGUUGGUUAUUAGAUCACUUAUCAUUUUGACUUCACAGAAUCAAACUUAUAAAACUGGGAACAUUUUUAUAGUUUUCAAUCUGCGUACAUUUCUAAAGUGGCAAUUUCCAGCAACUGUGUUCUUCACAUUAGGAGUCACACAUCCAAGUCUAAGGUACAAAAACACACACUCCUACCAUCAGUCACUAAGUACCUGCACAGCUGUAGGUUAAAUACUUCAUUGAAAGCCCCCCUGACUGUAUAGCUGAGGGAUUUGGAUGACAUAAAACAUGUAUUUCUCCUUUGGCACACAGCUUUAUUAUUCAUGUCUUGAAACACUGCCAUAAAUGUUGUAUUUAAGAAACUAAGUAGGAAAUAUUGAAGAGAAUUGCUGCAGAUUGGAGCAAUUUCUUUGUGGCAAGUCUUGUUUACUUUUUCUUCAGGGACUAUGGUGCACAGUUUACUGCUGUAAAUCCACAAAAUUGCUGUUGUCAGCAUAAAAAUGGACCUUAAGGGGAAAUAAAGGGUUUGCUGUUUCCCACUUUUCACAUGCCAGCCAAUUUUCCUGUCACAUCAAGUUGGGAAGAGCAAGUAUUGUUAUAACACUGCACUCCAGUACAUGGGGUGUCAGAUAUUAAAUGAUGUUUGUCACCAUUUGAACUCUUCUUAACGACUGGAAAAACAAUAGGCAAGAAAACUGGGAUUAAUAUGAAACCAUAGUUCAAGAUAAAACCAACAUGUUUGUUUAUAACCCGUGAACUACUGCUGAGCAACAGAUUAAUCAUUUUUGGUUUUACCCCCAAUAUGUAAGGCCAUCCUUAUGUUAGCUUGGAUUUUAGGCUUUUUUCUGUGUUAUCAUUAAACUGUCAAAAACAGUGAUAUAAGCUUUCAGACAUCUCCCUGAAGAUGGGGCAAAUAAUCAACCAGGUGGCUAAAUGCUCCCGUUGGCAGUGUCUGACUGAAGUUACAGCAUCAUUGGGUACUUUUGAACUCUAGACAUUGCCACACUUCUGAAUAGAUUUCAUCUCUUAAUUGUUUUCAGUCGAGGUAAGAGGCUGUGAAAUAGUUUCAUUUUGUAGCACACUCCUACUACCUGCAACAUAGCAGACAAUUUACUCCUGGAAUGAUGUCUGAGGGAAAGGCUGCAGUAUGGACAUGGCCACUAGUCAGAAUUGUACUCUUUUCCAUCAAAUAAUAUGAGUAAAAAUAAACCAAAUACAAGCAUUGUCUGUUAGUGACAUUGCUUUCUCUCAUUUUUACCGACACAGUUCAACCGUUCCACAUUCACCCACUCCUCAUUGCAAUAUCUGACAAGCAAAUUCUGAAAAAGUAUCAAAGAAAAGUAUUCAACCAGGCCAUUUUUUUCUGUGAAACAGUGUAUUUGAAUACCCACAGGCUACCACUGGAUAACAACUAAAGUCAUCAUCAUCAUUCCUAUUGUACGUGAAUGUUUGAUAAAUCAAUACAAAGUGUUAGCCAAUGCUAAGACCCACAAUAAACUCUUGGAGUAAUAUUUUUCACUGAUGUGAGUAACAAUUUUAUUGACCUUAUUUUGAAAUCAAGCAACUCAUUUGAUAUUCCACAGCUAACAUUUAGCAUUCAUUUGAACGCUAGGAAUUCUUAUAGUGUGGUAAUAAUCAAUACUUGUUAUUGGUACAACAUUAUUUUACAGUAAAGUCAGCAAUGAAUAAGAUCUCAUGUCUCUCCAGAUGUUCACUACCCAGUUGUCUAUUCAGUUGAUGAUCAAGGUUCAUAUGGUGAUGGAGUCGAAACAAACUCUACUCUACAUCACAAAUGGGACAGAAAAUAUUUCCAGGAUGAGAGUACAUUUGUUCUGUUUUUUAAAUAUGUUUGUUCAAGCUGUUACCUGGUCUGCUUUUUUCAGCCUCCAGAAAUGCUGAAACGGAUGGUGCCUUUCAACUCAUCAUUUAAAUCGAACACCAAACGACAAGUAAUCCAUACUUAUCACCACCUCCCUUAAUUAAUUACAACACUGAGUGCUCUCCCUCCUGUUUCCCUCUUCACUUUUGCUCUCCAGCUCACACAUCAGGUUGACUGGAGCCUGAGUGAUGGCUCUCCUUUUACUUUGUCGGUUUAUCCUCUCCGCUGACUUCAUUGCUGCCUUUAGGUCCAGCUGUGCGGUUUAAGCAUGACUGCACUUUCAUUGAUUCAUAGCGCUCAGUUGUAUUGUGGACAUAUGGUGUGGGACUGAAUGCCACAGAGUUGUGGUCUCAGUGCUGAUUGGUUGAUUUUGAUGUUUACUGAAAACAGAUGUUUGCGUUUACUCUGAGGACUGUUGUUUUUCUGUUACCCUUCACUCUCUUUAAAUUGUCAGUGUGAUUUGAUUUACUGUUUCCAUCAUAGAUAAAGCACAAUUCAUGGUCUUGUUUGGUCUGCUGUCUGCGACCAUGAUAAAUAAAGAUAUGCAGGAGCUCAUUUCUUAUUUUCAUUGUUAAGUGUUUGCACAACAGGAAAUAAACACUUAGAUUAAUUUGUGUUUUCUUCCCUUGAGAUGAAACAUCCCUGUGCACUCAUGUUUAUUAAUUUUGUCCUGAGGUUUUAAAACGACUCUGGCUGUCUCCAUGGUUUCCCAUUUAUUCAAGAGGGCAUUAACUCUCACUUAGAAAUGGUUGUCAAAGGAAAUGUCACCUGCACUCUGAAGUGUCAUUAACAGAUUUUGUAGGGUUUGUAUUCACUCCAUGUCCUGUUCUCUGACUCAGAACGCACAUAUUGAAAAGUUUUAAUGAGACAAAUGUUGAUUCUCUUUCAGGGAUUUCAGAAAUAUGAGGAAGAAUUCGAUCCCUACUCCAUGGUAUUGUAUGCCUGAUCAAACCAAAACUGCAUGUCUGCCUCUUUCACAUGAGGGUUAACUAUCCUUAAGAGCUUAUGCUGUUUAAUGUGGCUUAAAAUAUGCAGCUGCAACAAAGGAAUGAAAUUUAACAUCUAUAAACUAACAAACAAUUACUCAAUAUAGUAACACUGGGACUACUUUUAGUUAGAUCAGCUAGUUUUUGAAUAUGUUUAGAGAAGGAAGUUAUUCUUCAUGUUGACAUCUCUAUUAGAUCUCAAACUUAAUGGAGUGUUUUCUACUUUAUUCUCUUUUCUUCCUUCAAUGCUCACUCUCUGUAAAUAGUUUUCUGCAGAUCAGAUAGACGGGCGAGAUGUGAGACUGCUGAGAAUCAAAAAGGUACCCUAAGAUAACUCUGUUUAUUGACGAGAGGAAUCUCACUCAAUACCGUUGGGCUUAGCUGUUCUGAAACAUGACUUAUAAGGUUGAUGUUUUUGUUUAUUUCUCAUUAGGUUGGACAUCUUGAUAUUGCUCUGGAGGGAGGUGCAGACUCUCCUUUGGGGAAGUUGGUAGUGUCGUCUGUGUACGAGGGCGGCGCUGCAGAUAAGCACGGUCAGUCCCUUUUUUAUUCUCAAUGCUUUUUCAAGCCAGAAUAAAUUGCCAUGUCACACACGAAAAUAGCCAGUGUGGAAAAAAGUCAAUCUUAUUAUUUUUGGCUUUUUGUAGAUCAAAAAAAUAAAUAAAUACGCAUUCGUAAUAUUAUUGAGAUUAUUUGGCCUUCGUGAAAUUCUUUGUAGGAGUUGCAGUGACAGCAUGACAAAUUUAAAUGUGUUUUUAAAACUUAAAGCUGUAAGUAUUCUCAGUAGUCCAGUUCAAGCAAAAUUGAAAUAUUUUACAGUUCAGCAAGGUUAGCAAGAUACCACAGGAUUUACUCCAGGACUGUUCGACCAUGUCUCAGUCCAGUUACUUAAACUGAACCCCAAACAUCCUUUUUACAUUGCAAACCUACGUUAUAUCUAGAUUCUCAUUUCGCUGUGUCUGUGAAGGGAAAGAGCUGUACAAAUAAACAGAAAACCAUGAUUAAUGAUUUAUCUUUGCCUUUAUUUGAACCUCAUUAUGACAGUGGUAAUAUGGUCUUCACGCUGAACAUAUGCAGAACCACUAAGAACAUGUUCUGUGAAUAAUCAGGUGUUGAUUGGGGGACUUCUCCCCCACUGCAACUGUUUAACAUUUAAUGUUUAACUACAACGGUGUCUGAUAUAUAUGUGUGUGUGUUUGUAGGUGGCAUCGUACCCGGGGAUGAACUCAUGGCUGUGAAUGGGAAGAUCCUGAUCAAUGCCACACUGACUGAGGGACAGAACUCUCUGGCUCGAGCCUGGAACAGUGGAGGGGUAGGAGCAUUGGAACAUUGCAAUUAGUUUCUAAGAGGUUGCAUAUCAUUACACGGGUGCAGCUGGGCUCUUUUAUUGACUUGAGUUAAACUCCAUCAACCAUGAUUAAGUGUAUAUGCUUGUUGUUUUCAUGUUCUGACUUACAGAUUUAGUCACGCUGCUUGAACUCAUUAUUCUUAUUGAUUUAGUAAAACACAAAAUAAAGUGACUUGUUUUCCCCCUCAGGACUGGAUCGAUGUUGUGAUUACAGUUUCCCCUCCGAAAGAUUAUGACGACGAAGUGUAAGCAUAUCUGUUUCUUAUCAGAGCAUGGAGCACAUGAUAUCGGAAAUACAUCAAGUAUAAUAUUUUAAAAAUGCACAUGUGAAGAUUUUUUUUUGACAAUUCAGGCCAGAGUAGUAGUCUUCAGUGAGUGACUGUGUGUGUGUGCAUUUGUAUGCAGCCCUAAGUCAGCAUCAGUCAGUCCCGCUGUGAACAGAAAGGUGUUUGAAGGCAGUGCAACUCUGUACAGACAUGGCUACCUGCUUCAGCACUAGUCCGUCCUUUCCUACUACUUCACCUUCGUCCUGGUAAUUCACCUAAACUCCUCCUCUACCUCAUUGCACGUCUCAGAGGGGAUGUUUGGUGUGCCGUUUGGUUUUUUUUUGUUUGGCCCCUUUUCUUAUUAAGCACAUGUGACAGAGUCCUUCUUAAUCAGGAGAAAGCAAAUGAGCACAUUGGUUUCAUAUUUCCGCCUCUCACCUUCCUCAGAUGGUGAGAUAUAUGGAACACUGUUGUAGGAUGACUGUUUUCAUAAAACAAUUAAUGUGUUCAUCAUGUACAAUAUUCAGAUCUCCUUUUUCCAUAUGUAUGUCAAGAGUGUGUGUCUUUAUUGCUAAAGCAUGUGCUCUUCAGUAAUGCUGCCAGGCCCCCAGGAUGAAGAGUUUUACAACUAAUGUGAUCAGUGACCCACCACAGCAUAUAUCUGCCAAGCCCUGACCCACUGAGCCAUUUAUAAACACAUACGCACAUGUUCAGCCUCUGUGGUAUUGUCAUAUGUCCACAGGUCAUGGGCGCUCAUGAAAGCAGCCAGGGACUCCUGCCAGCCUUCAGCAGUGUUUCUGAUUGAUGUUGUUCAAAGGGGCUGUUACAUGUUUCUGACAUACAUACACACUUAACGUCACAGCAGAGAGAGCUGUAGAAAGGAUUCCUCUGCUGCUGGUGCUGCAGUCAAAUGUAUAUGAUCUUAUGGGUUGAAUCAGGCUUUGUUGCAGGGAUGAUGUAAUAAAGCGAAACAGACAAAUGCAGACAGUUUGCUGAGUUAAGGGAAAAGUAAUCUUGGGCUUCAUAACCUUAUUUUAAAACUCACCUGCAUGUGUGUGGGAGUGUUGUCUUUAAUGUGCAGUGACUGAAGCAUGCACAUGGUAAAUACAGGUUUUCUGCUGUGGUGUGUUCCCACCUGAAGUUGCAAGAACUUUUACUUCCUGAAGCAACUUUCCAAAGGAUUAAAAAAAGUGAAAAAGUCCCAUUUUGACUAGUAAGAUGCUGGUUUCAGUCCUUUCCUGAGCACUCUACACUGGCAAGGGACAUUUGUGCAGAGCCCUUCCUCCUUAAAAGCACAGUGUGUAGUCAUUUUAGGUAGUUACCAGACCAGGCUUGGUUGAAAUAGAAUAUAGUACUCAUAAAUGUACUUAACCUUUGUACCUGAAUAUACCUGUUUUUGUUAGAAUGUGCCACACUGAGUGGGUCCCUUCCCAUAGUGGCCACUUUCUUCAACUGCCAUGUUCCUACAGUAGCACAGAGCAGACUAAAAAUAUGCCAGGCGUGUUCUUGCAUUCAGCGGGUAGCUACUCAAACUGCAUUGGUUUGGAGACAAAUAUAAGAGUGAUUGUUGUUGUGCACAAAAGUUUUAUUGGUAGAAGUUUUGGCAAUAAAACCUUGAUGAAUAGAGCGUCUUACAUGUCAUGCAUCACAUGAGUUUUUGUCCCUCAAAGGCCUGAAUAUAACCCUUAUUGAUCACUAUUCACGUUUCUACACACUGUACCUUUAAGCUCCUGUCCCUUGUGUAAAAUCCUUGUUGUAAAGAUGCAGUUUAAAAUAUAAAGCAGGUUCAGCUACUUUUAUUUACUUCUAUAAAGCUAAAUGUUCUUUGGUGCAACAUUAAUCUCCAUAAAAUACAUGAAAUCUGUUUGUUUUUUCUUGCAGAACUUUCUUCUAGACUCAUAAACACCCGACAAAGAAAACCAGACUGAUGAUGCCAGAGUUUUCUUGGUACACAUUUUCUCCAUCAUGAUGAAAUAAAUCAUUUUUCCUGACAUGUUUUCCUAUAAAAAAUAGACAGAUAUUCAUUCAUUGUUUCUUUCUGGUCAUAAAGCCUUGAUGUUAACUUUAACGAGCACUCUCAGUAUCUUGUCUUGCUAAGAUGAUCUAGCCAUGUGUCCUGUAAUCAUCUCUUAUCUAUUGUAAGCCUGAACAUCCUUAUUGUUUUUAGAUACAAACAGCUAUUCUGACCUUUCCCUGUGUGUCUCACUGUGUCUCAUCCCUCAGUGCAUCAAUAAAGGCAGAGUAAAAACAAUGUAAUCAAUAGCAGCUCUGUAAUCUGCCUUAAAAGGGUCCAAUAAACAUUCUGCUCACACUCAG